AAAAGUCCAGUUAAAAUAUAAGCAUGACCGUUGUUUAGAUUUCUCUGAUUCACGUCGUGGGGGACACUUCGUUGACGGAGAAACAGUGGUUUUCACGACGUGGAAACCACACGGGAAAAUUGAAAGAGAUUUAAAUUCGAGUUAUAUCAAUUUAGAAAAAAUAGGGAAAAAUGUGUUUGAAGAAUGUCGAAAGACACAAAGGAGUUUUACGCUGACCAAUAAAGUAGAUUGAGACAUUACACGUGGAGAGAAAAAAAAAGAUCGAUCACAAUCAAAAAAAAGCAGAGGUAGCUAAAUUGAAAAGAAAAAGAAGUAACCAUUUUUUUCGCUGAUAAACAUUAUCAGCAUUAGUAAUGGCUCAGUCGUGGCAUUAGAUAAUAAUUUCGAUAAAUUUGAGAAGCGAACUAGUAAUCAUGGCAACCGGCGACGAUAGACGUAUCGCUUUAAUAACAGGUAUCACUGGACAAGAUGGUUCUUAUCUAGCAGAAUUUUUACUGGAAAAAGGAUAUGAUGUGCAUGGCAUUAUCAGACGAGCAAGUUCAUUCAAUACUGCUCGUAUCCAGCAUCUUUAUGAAGAUCCAAAAUGCCAUCGGCAAGGUAAAAUGAAGUUGCAUUAUGGCGAUAUGACGGACUCAAGUAGUUUGAUUAAAGUUAUCAGCGCGAUACAACCGACAGAGAUCUAUAAUCUUGCAGCGCAAAGUCAUGUCAUGGUAAGCUUUGAAGUAAGUGAAUAUACUGCAGAAGUAGAUGCAGUAGGGACAGUGAGAAUAUUAGAUGCGAUACGCACAUGUGGCUUAGAGAAAUCUGUAAAAUUUUAUCAUGCUUCAACGUCUGAACUUUAUGGCAAAGUAAUGGAAGUUCCGCAAACUGAAAAAACUCCAUUUUACCCACGUUCUCCAUAUGCCUGUGCGAAGUUAUAUAGCUUCUGGAUUGUUGUAAAUUAUAGAGAAGCAUAUAAUAUGUUUGCGUGCAAUGGUAUAUUAUUCAAUCAUGAGAGUCCGCGAAGAGGAGAGAAUUUUGUCACAAGAAAAGUGACGAGAUCUAUAGCAAAGAUACAUUUAGGUCUGCAGGAUGUGCUCGAGUUAGGUAACUUAGAUGCAAAACGAGAUUGGGGCCAUGCAAAAGAUUAUGUAGAAGCAAUGUGGUUAAUGCUCCAGCAAUCACAACCGGAUGAUUAUGUCAUAGCAACAGGAGAAACGCAUAGUGUAAGAGAAUUUGUAGAAAUGGCAUUCCAAUAUGUCGGUCGUACAAUUAAGUGGCAAGGCGAAGGUGUCAAUGAGACAGGGCAAGAUGCACAAACUGGUCAAAUAUUAGUUCGUAUAAAUCCAAAAUACUUCCGUCCAACAGAAGUGGAUGUACUUUUGGGCGAUGCAUCGAAAGCGAAAAAUAAAUUUGGAUGGAAACCAACUAUUACAUUUAAGGAACUUGUCAAAGACAUGAUGGAUUCUGAUUUGGAAUUAAUGUCAAAAAAUCCAAACGCUUAAUAAUGUUUUAUUUUUAAAAUGUGAUAUAGCCAAAAGCAUUUAUCAUUUUUCCAUGCAAAAUGGCAGUAUUUACAAUUGUCUACUUUGUAAAUAUAAUAUAAAUAUUUUUUAAACGUUUCUAAAACUUCUAUAAACGAAUAAGAUUUUUACUUUGUAUAAUCUGAUAGCAAUAUAUUAUACAGAUAUCACUCCAGUGAAAGAACUAAGAGUGAACUUCCGAGAAUAUAUUGAAUAAUUGUUAUUGAUCAUUAAAGCAAAAAAAA